UAGGAUUUAUUGCUCUAGUUCUACUGCUCAUAAGAAAAUAUUAUUAUAGUCUAAUAGUUUACGUGUAGAUAUCGGCCGGGUAGCCGUCAUAUAGUCUUAUUCAACGCGCACCUGAAGCCUUCACUGGACACCAAACAGUGUAAACAGAGAAACGGCUGCUCUGGAGGAGGCUCAACAGACUGUAGAAGGAGUGAACCUAAGUCACAAACUUGACACCGUGUCCACAUGGCAGAGCCCAACUUUCCCCCACUGCCUGGAUUCAUUCCACUCAAGCCAUGCUUCUAUCAGGACUUUGAUGAGAUCCCUGAACAGCACCGCAGCAUGUGCAAGAAAAUGUACCACCUGUGGAUGUGUGAGUGGCCUCUGAAUAGUGCCACACUCGCGGUGAAUCUCAUUGGCUGCUUUGCUUGGAUGUUUGGUGGAGGUGGAGUGACCAACUUUGGACUGGCUAUCAUCUGGCUCCUCAUGUUCACACCCUGCUCUUAUGUCUGUUGGUUUAGGCCCAUCUACAAGGCCUUCAAGAGUGACAGCUCCUUCAACUUCAUGCUGUUCUUUUUUGUGUUCAUGGCCCAAGUUGGCAUCAGCAUCAUCCAAAGCAUAGGCAUCCCUGGAUGGGGAGUAUGUGGUUGGCUGGCUACUAUCUCUUUCUUCAGCUAUAAUAUUUUGAUCGCACUGAUCAUGCUGGUCCCCACUAUCAUGUUCACUGCUGUGGCCUCGCUCUCUUUCAUUGCCCUCACCAGGAUCCAUAAUUUCUACCGUGGCAGUGGGGCCAGUAUGUCCAAAGCUCAGGAGGAAUGGACCACAGGAGCGUGGAAGAACCCUCACGUCCAGGCAGCAGCCCAGGAGGCCGCCAUGGGGGCAGCUGCUGGAGCCAUGCAGAAUCAGUACUCCAGCCCACAAUACAACGAUAACCAGAUGUAGAUGUGUGAGAGGUGUCAAAGACAUGAGGUGACAGUUAUGCCAAAGUUUGAGCGACAGGGAUAGGAAGAUCUUACCAGGUCCCACUGUUUAUUAAUUGGUUAAGAAAUAUUUCAGGAAAAAAAGAAGAAAAAAACAGCUGGCAUAUUUCAACAUGUUUACUUUUUACAUUCUGGUUACAUCACUGAUUCAGCAGAAUUGUCAGUGAGUUCAAAUAAUCUCAUAAUUUGGCAAACAAAUAUCUCAGUGAGACAUUGGUUUUCAUCUUCCUGUGUUAAAGGGCAUGUUAAUUAUUUGUAGCAUUUUGUAUUAUUUCUUAUGUCUUUUUUUCCUGUUUAAGAAGUUGAAAUGUAAUUAGUAUUGAAUGUGUAUUACUUUAGCAGCUCUAGUAUGAGAGCUGUGUGCUUUGUGUUGACCUGCAGUCCAGACAGUUUUUACAAAGAAAAGAUCUUUUUUUUUCUUCAAAAAUACAAAAAUGACGAACAAUAACCUUUGCUGUGAUAAAGAUUUGAUUAUUUAGUAUUUAUUAAUUGAUUUAUAAAUGUACAGUUAAAAUGAUAAAUGACAUAGGAUGUGAUAUUUUGGGAUUUCCUUAAUUCCAAACUCAAGGGUAAACCAAAGAUUCACUGCAAUUUUGUAACUUUAUUUUAAAUUAUGCUGCUGACCUCAGCUGUGUUUCAUCAUGUUUCUAUGCAGUUUAUCAAUGAUUGCACUGUGAAAUGAAAGAAUGUUGCAAUGUAUAAAAUGAAGUCUGUCUCUGUUACAAUAAGAAACAGUGUGAUUGCAAGUCUUCAGUUUGAAAUUUAAAUAGAAGCAGGAAAUUUAAUCUGACUUGAAGCUGCCUCUUUGAUGUACCUGAAGCUUCCUGUUGACAUGUCUACCUUAUACUGAAAACAUCAGGUUUAAUUCACAGAAGAAUUGACUGAUUUGAUUACUUCUAUGUAAAUUAGAAAAAACAAAAGGAAAACAACAACAAAAAAGUGAAGCACCAUACACAUAUGCUGUAGGCAGUUUACUUUAGAAAUUAGAAACGUUUUGUGUCCAAUUAGGAUGUGCUCUUUUAUAAACUGUGCUGUCAAAUGCAGAGUUUUAAAGACAACUUUUUCUGCUGCUGUAUGGCUGUUUGACCACAGAGAGGUGCUGAUGGUUUUAGUUUGAAAUAAAAAGCUCCAACAUGUGCAGAUUACCUUCAUUCAUCCUUCACAGAUCAGAGUCUGCAUUUGUGGUAGUUCCUUCUAUUUUCAGUUCCUCUCUUUUUGUCUGUCUCUCUCUCUUUAUGUCACUUGUUCCUCUGUCUCCCACCGCAUCGCGUGCAAAUGAGGGCUAUGGAAAUCAAGGUAAUCACUAAACACCCACUCACAGCAACAAAUACAAAGUAUUGUGUUAUUUUGGGAGGCGUGUGCUCUAUUUUAGCAGUAAUCACGUUGACACAGUUACAUACGUGGUCAUUUGGAGAGGCUGCCUCGUACAGCGUGCUGAGCAGCUCUAAUGGAGAAGCUGGGAGUUGAAAGCCUUGCUCAAUGGCACCUCAAGGACAGUUGGUUGUGAACAGUACAUCAUUGCUCACACAGUCCUCCCAGCAGACCGGGGUUUUGAAAUGCAGACAUCAAGCUUCUGUUUGACCUUUUGUUUAGCACCAUCCACAUUUAACAUCUGAUCCCAUAUAUCACUCUUUUUAAAAAACAUAAUAAUGAACCCAUAGAGGGUUUAGUAUGGGGUAUCAUGAUGGGUGAAUAUAUACCCAGUUUCCUUUCACUUCAGUUCUGUGUAUAUCCUCUCACAAAUUUCCAAUAGAUUAUUAGAAUAGAUAUUGGAAUUGUACGGUAUGAAGACACUUUACAUAUAGUAUAUUUAACUUGACAGUGAUCACCUUCAUACUUUGGCUGAGAUGACGGGCCUAAAUACCUACAUUGGAAUAAAAUGGUAAGAAGAGCUGCUAAGUUUAAUAUCCACAGACUGCAAAUAGUUCCUUACAUCAUUAUCAUGCACUUACUCGAGGAGGUUGCUUUGCAUUAAGCAUAUUUAUUUCUUAUUUGAGUGUUUUGUUAUAUCUGCCCCAUUUAAUCAAGACAUUGUAUUCAAUCAUUAAAAUGUGAUUUUAAAUUGUUUCCAAUACAUUACACACAGCAAAUGGUUCUGCAGCUACAUUUAAACACUGUUAAAAUGGGAAAUUAAAAAACAGGAGGUGCAUUUUUUUCCUUCAGGUGGCAGUAUUGGCCCUCUGUAGCUUUCUACCAGUCACACUGUCUUUCCACCAGGGGCACCAUAUGACCUUUUUUUUCUUCCCAUUUGACUAUUUAUGAAGUCUGUACAAGACCACAAGAAAUCUGAGAUAGUUAGGGUGAUUGAUACUACUUGCCUGACCAAAAAUUGUAUUUUUAAAAGACUUACAUGCAGCAAACACAAUUUCUGUCUUGACAUCCUGUGAGCAGGUGACCAUCAUAAAUUAGAUUCAAAAUACACUUUAAAUGGAUUUAUCUGUGGAUGUCCUCUUCCCUUCUGUCUGCCUCUGCCUGCGUGUUGAGAGUGAUAGAAUUACUCUGUGGAGAGGGGGAUGAAAUUAUACAGUGAUAUAGAUACCCAGAGGACCCACCAACAGCCACCAACAAACACUGUAAUUGCUAUACACAUGGAAAUCUCCUGUGACAAGCUGUGACAGCAAAGACUUUCGCCUUCAGGUAAACAGGAGUGGCUGUCAGCUGCAGAAUAUAUUCAUUGAUUCAUAACAAAUCAAGACUGUACAAAUGUUUUUUUUUUCUCUUAAAAUUAUAUUCUGAC